AUGUGGAGCUUCCAGAUCGUGUUUUUCAUCUUAUCUGACAGAUGUUGUGACACGGUGAAUAAAAUCCAAAGUACUGAGGAAGGUUCAGUGACCAUCAGCUGUUCGUACGACUCUCAGUCUGUCGACAAGCUGAAGUUCUUCUGCAGAGGAACCCGGCCCUCCACAUGUCGACAGCAGGCAGUGAUCACCUCUAGAAACACACAAGAUGGACGAUUCAGACUCUCUGAUGACAGGAAGUCAAGAAUAUUCACAGUGACCAUUUCCACUCUGAGCCUGAAGGAUUCUGGGUCAUAUCUUUGUGGAGUCCAGAGAAUCUCAGGAUUUGAUGUUUUCUCUGCUGUUGAACUAGAGGUCAAAGAAUCCUGUCUGAAGUCGUACAACAUCAGUGGCAUGGAGGGACGUCCAGUAACUCUGCAGUGUCCUAAUUCAGGACAACAUCAUGAUAACAAGACGUUCCUCUGUAAAGGAGACCAACACAACAACUGUACAGAUAUGAUGGAGAACCAAACAAAGUUCAAGCUGCUCAAUGUCUCCUCCAGCUGUUUCUCUGUGAUCAUCAGUGAACUGGAAGCAGCUGAUGCAGGAACAUACUACUGUGGUUCAGACUCUCAGCUGAGAUUCAUAAAGAUACAGCUGGCAGUCGUCUCUCCACAUCAAACCAGCUCUGUGACUCCAAUUAGCUCUGCUGAACAGGUUACAUCACAACCACCAACAUCGUCCUCAUCAUCAGAUAAUCCUGAUGUUUCUUUAUUCUACAUUCUGCCUGCGGUCUUCGCUCUGCUUCUGAUCCUGACAUUUGUCCUUUUGCUGGUUUUAAAAUCCAAAUCAAGGAUCAAGCAAGUGGAUGGAACCAAUGGAAACGUGUUGAACUCUGCUGACAGUGAUGAGGAGACGAGAAUCAACGAUAUCUAUGACUUACAAGAAGAUGUCGUUUACAUGAACUCUUCCUCUCCAAACAUGCUAAGUCAUGACAAUGAUAUCUACAACAACAUCCUUUAAAGGAGAUCUGCAGAAGUUAGGAAACACAUGACCAGUGUUUCUGCCAUCUUGUGCAACAGCUUGCUAAAGCAACCAAAUGCUGGUGUGUUUUCAUUUAGACAUGUUUUUAAUAUUUAUUAGUUUUUAUGUCAAAUGUGACUGAAGUGUGUUAAAGCUGCAGCUCAGUGGAGACACGCAGACAAAACAAGUCAAAUUGAUUUGCACUGAGAUGUCAGCCUGAGGUCAGACUAUUUGUUCUGUGUCACAAUAUGCAUCUUUUGGGCCUGUUGUGUUUCUGAAAGCUAGAAGGAAUUUCAAAAGAAGUGUCAAAUUAUCUAUACAGACUAAACUUAUUCAUACCUGUAAGUUUAAAAUGAUCUCAACAUUUUCUGAAUGAAAGUAGUGUCAACUUUGUGGAGUCAACUUGGACCAGCAGAGGGAGCUAGAGAUUAGUCUGAUGUGAGGGAAACCUUCCAGCAUGAAACAUGAAACACUUGGAGCUCAGUGCAGAAGUUGAAGCAUCUUAACAGACAUGCAGAAAGUUGGUCAGUGUUUGUUUUGUUGCAAUGCAAAUAAAGAUCUUUUCUUUCA